GGAAGAGAUAGCAGCACGCCAGCUGUGUGUGUUGUUAGCAACACCUUCGAAGCUCUCUCUCCCAGCGCCUGGGCUUUUGCACUGGAGAAGCAAAGAGGCACAGAGGUCUUGUGUUCAGGAUGCCAAGUAUCUUUGCCUACCAGAGCGCCGAAGUGGACUGGUGCGAAGGGAACUUUGAGCAUUCGGAGUACAUCGCCGAAUACUACAACACGAUCAGCAAUGUCGCCUUCUUCAUUUUGGCUCCUCUCCUAAUGUGGCUCAAUUCCUCAUACAGGGAUGUCCGUCCCAUACCCGUCCACACACUUUUUGUCAUUCAGUUUUGCAUCGGUGCCUUCUCCUUGUAUUUCCACAUGACGCUCAGCUACGUCGGGCAGCUCUUGGACGAACUCUCCAUCUUGUGGGGGUUGUCGAUUUGCUAUGCCUUCUGGUUCCCCGUGCGAUACUUCCCCGGGUUUAUCAAAAACAGGGAACAGUUCAUCCAGAUGGUGAUCAUCGUGACCAUUGUGAGCACCUUGAUGUCCUUUGUGAGACCGGCCUUGAACGCCUACGCCCUCAACUGCAUCGCCUUCCACCUCCUCUACCUGACGGUCCAAGAACUGAGACAGUGCAAGAACCCCCGGGUCCACCGCCUGGCCGCCUCUCUGGUCAUCUGGUGGCUCAUUUCCAUCAGCUGCUGGCUGGUCGACAAGUUCCUCUGCAAUUUCUGCCAGAAAAUCAACUUUUGCUACCUUCACAGUUUUUGGCACAUUUUCAUCAACGUGACCAUCUUCUACUGUGCCACACUGGUCAUGUACUUUGACGUUCUCUAUGAGAUGCCAAAUAAUGAGCCCGUCUUGACCUACUGGCCCAGUGAGACCAGUUUCUUCGCCCUGCCGUACAUCCUGGUCCAGAAAACACAGAAAUUGUUCUAGUGGGGAGCCAUGGCACACAAACAGGGAAUACACACCCCGUCCGCACGUCAGUAGCCAAUCCUUCCAUACAUCCACCGCUGGUUUAUGAGAGACUGACCGUUGCUGCGAUGGAGGAACAGGCCACAAUGGCUGUGGAUAGAGACGUUUCUCGUUUGCUUGGGUCACUUCUUGCAGGUGGAGGUUCUUUGCAAGCCCGGUCUGUCCUGCUUUUUUGCAUCUGAAUGCAAAAAAACCCCUAUUUAUUUAUUUAUUUAUUU